GCGUCGCCAAAUCGCGCACAUUAGAUCCCAUCGCAUUCUCAGGGGGGAGAGAGAGAGAGAGAGAGAGAGAGUGAAAAUGGUGGGUGCUCGGAAUCGAUCGAUCCCGAUCUCGAAGCCCGUGCUAUGGCUUCUGGUGUUCUUCGCCACGAUCGCGUUAAUCCAGGCUAAAAGUUCGAAGGAAAGUUUGAAGGAAGUAACACACAAGGUUUUCUUUGAUAUUGAGAUUGGUGGGAAACCAGCAGGUCGAAUUGAGAUGGGCCUAUUUGGGAAGACCGUUCCUAAAACAGCCGAAAACUUCCGAGCUCUUUGCACGGGUGAGAAAGGUAUUGGCAAAAGUGGGAAGCCACUUCACUACAAGGGAAGCUCAUUCCACAGAAUCAUACCCAGCUUUAUGCUCCAAGGGGGCGACUUUACACUCGGCGACGGGAGGGGUGGAGAGUCUAUUUAUGGUACAAAAUUUGCUGAUGAGAACUUCAAAAUCAAACACACUGGACCAGGGCUUCUAUCGAUGGCAAAUGCCGGUCAGGAUACUAAUGGAUCUCAGUUCUUCAUAACCACUGUAACAACCAGCUGGUUGGACGGUAAACACGUCGUGUUCGGCAAGGUAUUAUCUGGCAUGGACGUGGUGUAUAAGAUCGAAGCGGAAGGCCGGCAAAACGGAACGCCCAAAAGCAAUGUCGUAAUCGCCGACAGCGGGGAACUUCCUCUGUGAUACCAUUUUACUUGACAUUCAUAAAGUCAGAAAAUCUGCAUGUUAUUAGUCAUCUUUAUUUAUCUCGGAUUCGCGCUCGAACUAUAACUCCCAACGAAGCGAACCUUUCUCUAUCUAGUGUCUUUGUGUAUGAGUGGUACUCCAAUCUAUUUUCCUAUUUAGGUAUUCCACUUAUCAAGCUUUUGCAAAAAUUCAAAUCCUUGGUAUCACCGAAAUCAUAUGCAGAUCCGCAUUAUGCAACCAUGCAGCGUUUGCUGCGUACAAAAGGAUGCGUGGUAACGCAUAUGGCUACUUUUUCUGAAUUUCUCAGUUCAGCGUGUUUGAAUGCGUGAAUAUCUUGUAUUUGAUGGAUCUUUGUUUAGUUGAACCCAUUUGGUUUGGGAACAAAUAUUUAGGGAAUAACAAUUUUUUUUUUUUUUC